GGUUACCAUGGCAACGGACUGUCUGGAAUGUAAACGAAACGAGUUCAGAGGCGCGAUGUUGUGGGAAGACAGAGAUGUUCGCUUUGAUAUCAGUCCCCAGCAGAUGAAAAUGAGAUCUGGGGAGAAGGUAAUAGAUAAACUAGACUCUGUUGAAGAUACCAAAGGAAACUCAGGGGACAGAGGGAGGCUGAUCAUCACAAAUCUGCGCUUGAUAUGGCAUUCGCACAGCAUGCCCAGGGUUUCUCUCUCUGUUGGUUACAACUGCAUCAUAAAUAUAACAACAAAGACUGUAAAUUCAAAACUUAGAGGUUUAACAGAAGCUUUAUAUAUUUUAACUAAAGCAAAUAGCACCAGGUUUGAAUUUAUCUUCACAAAUCUCAUCCCAUCAACAGCAAGGCUUUUCACCUCAGUUAUUGGGGUGUACAAGGCUUAUAAUUCUUCAAAGAUGUACCGUGAAUUGAAACUGAGAGGUGCUAUUAUUCAGAACAAACAGCUGAGAAUAUUACCUCAGGAACAAAUAUUUUCUCGUGUGAAUGGAGUUUGGAAUCUGUCCAGCGAUCAGGGAAAUCUUGGCACAUUUAUCAUUACAAAUGUACGCCUAGUUUGGUUUGCAAACAUGAAUGAACUGUUCAACAUAUCUCUGCCAUAUCUACAGAUAGCAUCCGUAAAAGUCCGUGAAUCCAAGUUUGGCAUGGCACUGGUGGUUGAAAGCACAGAAGCCAGCGGAGGUUAUGUGCUUGGCUUCAGAAUUGACCCUGUUGAAAAGCUUCAUGAAGUACACAAGGAGUUAUCUUCACUGUACAAUGUGUAUUCACAAUGUCCAGUCUUCGGCAUAGAGUUUGUUCUUCAUGACAAGCCUGCAGGGGAGGAGGAGACUUUGGAUUUGCCAGAAAUGGAGGAAGCGGAGAUUGACGAAUCCAUCAAUGAUUCUGCCGAUGUCCUGGCAGCUUACCUUGCCGAUGGACGACACAGCGACAGGGAGACUGUUUUCUCGAAUGAGUUAGGACUUGCGAUUGAGAAAUUAAAGGAUGGAUAUACUCUGCAAACACUGUGGGAGGUCAUACCUAGCUAAGGUUCUGUUCUCAUUAUAAUUUUUUGGUUUUGUUGUCAUACCCAUGCAAGCCAAAAUAUGAGAUUAAUGAUGUGAUAACAUUUUAAUUUUUGACAAAGAUAUUGCGUCAAGUCAAGUAGGUUAUAUUAUAAGUUCAUAACAUAAAACAGGUUUGUAUAAAGAUGUAAAAUGAAUUUGAUUUAUUUAUUUAUCUAUUGAAUUUUAGAUAAAUGCAAAUCAAAUACUUUAAUAAAGCCAAGAAGAAAAAUAUAUAGAGAGAGUCCUGGUAUAAUAUAUAAAAUGAAAUUUCUUUUUCAUAACCAGUCAACAUUAACUCACUGCUGCCAGGGCAAUGCUGUGCUCAUUUUUGUAAAAUAUCUCUGCACAUUGGUGGCUCUGAAGUGCUUAGCCACAAAAGUCAAUUGACAGGAUAUAUAUAUAUAUUUUAUUUUUACUGAUGCUAUGUAUAUUGGUGUUAUUUUUAUUACAGACAUUAUAAUUACUAUAAUGUUAUUGACAUUAUUAACCUCAAUAUAAUUUAACGUAAAAUAUUUUUGAAAAUCAAGGAAAGGGGUAAACAGGUGAGAUAGGCAGUACUCGUAAUUGGCUCACUGGUGACUUAGUACAAGUGUAGCCAUAUAUGUGUAAAAACAGUUAAUAAAGUAAACUCACAUUGGGCAUGGCAUGUACUUGGCAUUAUAUACACAUACACUUUUGAAAUAUGUCAGCACUAAUGUAUAAUUCUGAAAAUCUACUGAAAAUAAAAAUAGAUCAUUAAUGCUGCUGAUGGUAAAGACUAAAACCUCUUAACAGCAACAGAUUGGGUGGAGCCCCAAUGAUAGAAUAGGUAUGCCAUUUUGUCCCAUCCAUGCAGCAGUAGCAUUAACUUUCACUUGGUGUUCAGUCACUUGUCUUAAGUGAUUGCAAAUGCAUAGUUCAUACACACACACUUACACAUACACACACA